AUGCGUCUGCGUCACCAAGGAGGACAAUACUUGGCUCGCGGUAUGGAACCCGUGUACUGGUCAAACAAGGUGGAUUCAACCCAUGACUUAUAUGACAACUAUACUCUCGGAUCCUACCAAAAUAAUAGCUACAAUAUAUUGGCACACACUGGUUUUGGCUACGACCACGAAUUCCAAAUUUAUGAAAUUAACUCCAAUUCAUGGAGGAUUAUUGAUGCCACUUUGGACUUCAAAUUAGGGUAUAUUGGUCGUGGCGUGUCUUUGAAGGGAAAGACUUACUGGAUUGCUAGUGGUGAAGAAGAGAAACGGCUUGGCAAAUUCUUAAUCAGUUUUGAUUAUACGACAGAAAGAUUUGAACGUCUAUGUCUUCCGAAUAAGUAUCCUUGUUAUGCAACUCUGGCUCUAUCCGUUGUUAGAGAAGAGAAACUUUCCAUGUUAUCGCAACGCGGAAUUAAAUCAAAGGCAGAAAUAUGGGUGACAAAUAAGAUUGGUGAGACACAAGUGGUGUCGUGGAGCAUGGUCUUAGCUUUGGAUUUGCAGCCUAAACGUUGUAUUGGGGAAAGCGGAAGUUUCUUGGUCGACGAGAAGAAGAGAGUGGUCGUGUGUUGUGAUAAUAUUAGAGACCAAGGAAAAACCACGGUACACAUUUUUGGAGAGGACAACAAAGUGAAACAAGUGGGUUUUGAAGUCGGAUCAUCUCUGUAAUGUAUGUUUUAUU